ACAACCACAGAAGCGUCAACAACAACAGCGGCGGCGACAACCACAACGGAUGCUCCAUCAACCACGACAACUGCUCCAACAGCUACCACAACGGCGCCAACAACCACGACGGCUGCGGCAACAACCACAACAGCCGCUCCAACAACAACCACGCCGACAACCUCAACGGACGCUCCAUCAUCGACAACUGCUCCAACAGCUACCACAACUGCUCCAACAACUACCAAAACGGCGCCAACAACCACAACAGCUGCUCCAACAACAACCACAGAAGUGCCAACAACCACGACGGCCGCACCAAAAACCACAACAGCUGCUCCAAGCACCACAACAGCCGCACCAACAACCACGACAGCCGCACCAACAACCACGACAGCCGCACCAACAACCACAACAGCCGCUACAACAACUACGACAACUGCUCCAACAACUACCACAGCGGCGCCGACAACCACGACGGUCGCUCCAACAACCACAACAGCCGCUCCUACAACAACCACAGAAGCGCCAACAACAACAUCGGCACCAACAACCACAACCGCCGCUCCAUCAACUACGACAACUGCUCCAACACCUAACACAAUGGCACCAACAACCACGACGGCCGCUUCAACAACAACCACAGACGCGUCAACAACAGCGGUGGCAACAACCACAACGGACGCUCUAUCAACCACGACAACUGCUCCAACAACUACCACAACGGCGCCAACAUCCACGACGGAUGCUCCAACAACCACAACAGCUGCUCCAACAACAACCACAACAGCUGCUCCAAGCACCACGACAGCAGCGGCAACAACCACUACAGCCACUCCAACAACCACUGUGGUGCCAACAACCACGACGGCUGCACCAACAACAACAGCCACUCCAACAACAACCACAGCGGCGCCGACAUCAAUCACGACGGUCGCUCCAACAACCACAACAACCGCUCCAACAUCCACAGAAGCGCCAACAACAACAGCCACACCGACAACUACAACGACCUCUCCAACAACCACGAAGUCGGCCACGAAGUCGGUUGAUGGAGCUUCAACGGAAGCUCCAUCAACCACGACAACUGCUCAAACAAUUACCACAACGGCGCCAACAACCACGACGGAUGCUCCAACAACCACAACAGCUGCUCCAACAACAACCACAGAAGCGCCAACAACAACCACAACAGCCACGGCAACAGCCACGGCAACAACCACGACGGCCGCUUCAACAACUACCACACAGGCGCCAACAACCACAACAGCUGCUCCAACAACAACCGAAGAAGCACCAACAACCAGUACAGUCACUCCAACAACCACAGCGGUGACAACAACCACAACAGCUGCACCAACAACCACAACAGCCGCUCCAACAACAACCACAGAAGCGUCAACAACAACAGCGGCGGCGACAACCACAACGGACGCUCCAUCAACCACGACAACUGCUCCAACAGCUACCACAACGGCCUGCUCCAACAACAACCACAGGAGCGCCAACAACAACGACGGCCGCACCAACAACCACAACAGCUGCUCCAAGCACCACAACAGCCACACCAACGACAACGACAGCCGCACCAACAACCACGACAGCCGCUACAACAACUACGACAACUGCUCCAACAACUACCACAGCGACGCCGACAACCACGACGGUCGCUCCAACAACCACAACAGCCGCUCCUACAACAACCACAGAAGCGCCGCUCCAACAACAACCACAGAAGCGUCAACAACAACAGCGGCGGCGACAACCACAACGGAUGCUCCAUCAACCACGACAACUGCUCCAACAGCUACCACAACAACGCCAACAACCACGACGGCUGCGGCAACAACCACAACAGCCGCUCCAACAACAACCACGCCGACAACCUCAACGGACGCUCCAUCAUCGACAACUGCUCCAACAGCUACCACAACUGCUCCAACAACUACCAAAACGGCGCCAACAACCACAACAGCUGCUCCAACAACAACCACAGAAGUGCCAACAACCACGACGGCCGCACCAAAAACCACAACAGCUGCUCCAAGCACCACAAUAGCCGCUACAACAACUACGACAACUGCUCCAACAACUACCACAGCGGCGCCGACAACCACGACUGUCGCUCCAACAACCACAACAGCCGCUCCUACAACAACCACAGAAGCGCCAACAACAACAUCGGCACCAACAACCACAACCGCCGCUCCAUCAACUACGACAACUGCUCCAACACCUAACACAAUGGCACCAACAACCACGACGGCCGCUUCAACAACUACCACAAUGGCACCAACAACCACGACGGCUGCACCAACAACCACAACCGACGCUCCAACAACAACCACAGAAGCGUCAACAACAACAGCGGUGGCAACAACCACAAUGGACGCUCCAUCAACCACGACAACUGCUACCACAACUGCUCCAACAACUACCACAACGGCGCCAACAACCACAACAGCUGCUCCAACAACAACCACAGAAGCGCCAACAACAACGACGGUCGCACCAACAACCACAACAGCUGCUCCAAGCACCACAACAGCCACACCAACGACAACGACAGCCGCACCAACAACCACGACAGCCGCUACAACAACUACGACAACUGCUCCAACAACUACCACAGCGACGCCGACAACCACGACGGUCGCUCCAACAACCACAACAGCCGCUCCUACAACAACCACAGAAGCGCCAACAACAACAUCGGCACCAACAACCACAACCGCCGCUCCCACGACGGCCGCUUCAACAACUACCACAAUGGCACCAACAACCACGACGGCUGUACCAACAACCACAACAGUUGCUUCAACAACUACCACAAUGGCACCAACAACCACGACGGCUGUACCAACAACCACAACAGUUGCUCCAACAACAACCACAGAAGCGCCAACAACAACAGCGGUGGCAACAACCACAAUGGCCGCUCCAUCAACCACGACAACUGCUCCAACAACUACCACAAUGGCACCACGGCGCCAACAGCCACGACGGCUGCGGCAACAACCACAACAGCCGCUCCAACAACAACCACAGAAGCGUCAACAACAACAGCGGCGACGACAACCACAACGGACGCUCCAUCAACCACGACAACUGCUCCAACAGCUACCACAACGGCGCCAACAGCUACCACAACGGCGCCAACAACCACGACGGCUGCGCGGCGCCGACAACCACGACGGUCGCUCCAACAACCACAACAGCCGCUCCUACAACAACCACAGAAGCGCCAACAACAACAUCGGCACCAAUAACCACAACCGCCGCUCCAUCAACCACGACAACUGCUCCAACAGCUACCACAACGGCGCCAACAACCACGACGGCUGCGCUACCACAACUGCUCCAACAACUACCAUAACGGCGCCAACAACCACAACAGCUGCUCCAACAACAACCACAGAAGCGCCAACAACAACGACGGCCGCACCAACAACCACAACAGCUGCUCCAAGCACCACAACAGCCACACCAACGACAACGACAGCCGCACCAACAACCACGACAGCCGCUACAACAACCACGACAACUGCUCCAACAACUACCACAAUGGUGCCAACAACCACGACAGCCGCUCCAACAACAACCACAGACGCGUCAACAACAGCGGAGGCAACAACCACAACGGACGCUCCAUCAACCACGACAACUGCUCCAACAACUACCACAACGGCGCCAACAUCCACGACGGAUGCUCCAACAACCACAACAGCUGCUCCAAGCACCACGACAGCAGCGGCAACAACCACUACAGCCACUCCAACAACCACUGUGGUGCCAACAACCACGACGGCUGCACCAACAACAACAGCCACUCCAACAACAACCACAGCGGGGCCGACAACAAUCACGACGGUCGCUCCAACAACCACAACAACCGCUCCAACAUCCACAGAAGCGCCAACAACAGCCACACCGACAACUACAACGACCUCUCCAACAACCACGACGUCGGCCACUCCAACAACAACCACAGAAGCAACAACCACGACGGUGGCUCCAACAACCACAACAGCCGUGCGAACAACCACGACGACUGCACCAACAACCACCACAACGGCGCCAAUUACAACUACAGAAGAACCAACAACCACAACCACAACAGCCACAGCAACAACCACAACGGCAACACCAACAACCACGACGGCCGCUUCAACAACUACCACAAUGGCACCAACAACCACGACGGCUGUACCAACAACCACAACAGUUGCUUCAACAACUACCACAAUGGCACCAACAACCACGACGGCUGUACCAACAACCACAACAGUUGCUUCAACAACUACCACAAUGGCACCAACAACCACGACGGCCGCUUCAACAACUACCACAAUGGCACACACAACCACGACGGCUGCACCAACAACCACAACCGACGCUCCAACAACAACCACAGAAGCGUCAACAACAACAGCGGUGGCAACAACCACAAUGGACGCUCCAUCAACCACGACAACUGCUCCAACAACUACCACAAUGGCGCCAACAACCACGACAGCCGCUCCCACAACAACUCCAACAACUACCACAACGGCGCCGACAACCACAACAGCUGCACCAACAACCACAACAGCCGCUCCAACAACCACAACAGCCGCUCCAACAACAACCACAGAAGCGUCAACAACAACAGCGGUGGCAACAACCACAACGGACGCUCCAUCAACCACGACAACUGCUCCAACAACUACCACAAUGGCGCCAACAACCACGACAGCCGCUCCCACAACAACCACAGAUGCGUCAACAACAGCGGUGGCAACAACCACAACGGACGCUCCAUCAACCACGACAACUGCUCCAACAACUACCACAACGGCGCCAACAUCCACGACGGAUGCUCCAACAACCACAACAGCUGCUCCAACAACAACCACAGAAGCGCCAACAACCACAGAAGCGCCAACAACCACGACGGCCGCACCAACAACCACAACAGCUGCUGCAAGCACCACGACAGCAGCGGCAACAACCACUACAGCCACUCCAACAACCACUGUGGUGCCAACAACCACGACGGCUGCACCAACAACAACAGCCACUCCAACAACAACCACAGCGGUGCCGACAACAAUCACGACGGUCGCUCGAACAACCACAACAACCGCUCCAACAUCCACAGAAACGCCAACAACAACAGCCACACCGACAACUACAACGACCUCUCCAACAACCACGACGUCGGACACUCCAACAACAACCACAGAAGCAUCAACAACCACGACGGUGGCUCCAACAACCACAACAGCCGUGCGAACAACCACGACGACUGCACCAACAACCACCACAAUGGCGCCAACAACCACAACAGCUGCGCCAAUUACAACUACAGAAGCACCAACAACCAGUUCAGUCGCUCCAACAACCACAGCGGUGCCAACAACAACCACAGAUGCUCCAACAACCACAACAGCUGCACCAACAACCACAACAGCCACGGCAACAACCACGACGGCCGCUCCAUCAACCACGACAACUGCUCCA